UGCAAUACAGAAUUAUGUUAAUUUUUUAAAUUAUGGUCUCAUUGAGGUCUCACAGGAGAGAAAACAAUCUGUCCUCAUCAAUAAACCUCUUUACAAAUUGUCUGAAAACAAAAGAGGAAAUCAGCACUGUUAAAUGUAAAAAAUAAAAAAGUUCUGUAUUUUUAAUUUUAGUUUUAUUGAAAACUAAAAUAAAUACUGUAUUGAUGAGGACAGAUUGUUUUGAUGAAUUUUGAUGAAUAUUGUUGAGGACAGAUUGUUUUCUUCUUAUGUGGAAAUAUAGUAUAGUUUCUAAAAAUGUCAAGCUUUUUUGCUUGGUAGUCUUUCCUAUUCCUCUUUACUGUUGACCCGUUUUCCCCAGUGAGCCAACUAAACCCUGACUUAAAAAAGCUCUGUUUGUAUAAAUGUUCUUGUACUCAGAACUACAGUCAGACCAGUAGCUGUUAAGGUUUUCCACACCAGCAGGUUAAAGAUGUUGGCAAAUGCAGGAAGUGACAUUCCUGUUGACUAAUGUUCAGGGUAACAACAGAGAACCUCCAGUGUGCCUUUUCACAGCGAACACAUUUGCACACAAGGAUGGCUGGAGUUGUUCACACUGGGAUGAGGCUGCUAUUGUUAUCUUUCAUCACAACAGGUGUAAAUGGAGAAGAUGGUCUGAUAUUUGCCCAACGGGCUUAUUCUGUCACAUUUCCAUGUGAGGAAAAUUUAGUCUGCUUUCAUGUAUGGCAGCUCAGCACAAGCCAAACAAUUGAUUACAUUGCCAUAGUCAGUAAUGGAGAGAUCCAGACAGCUACAUCAGUGGAUGAGGACUCGAAAUGCACUCUGCAAAUCAAAGAUCUCACAGCGGAAGAUGUUGGACGUCAUCGUUGCCAACAAAGGCCAGAUGUCUUCUCUCGUCACAAUACCAGCCCAGAGUUAAAGCUCAUGCCUGGCAAAACAGUGUCACUGCAGUGCAUUCUCCUCACCUUCGUAGAGGAGGGACAUUGCAGAGCACAGCUCCACCAGGUCAGCCUGACGUGGGUGGAUGAAGCCGGCACUGAGAUACACGAGGACUCACAACAUCAGAUAAAACAGGAGUCUUUGUGUGCUGUAACUCUGACUCUCACCCUUCAAAGACCUGAAAACAAGAAGUUUAGGUGCCAGGCGACUGUAGGUGAACAAGUCCAGACUUCAGUGGAGUUGCGGGUCAGAGUCCCAGCUCUUAAAGGGAGGGGAAGAGGAUUCAUCAUAGAUCUAGAACCCGAAAAUCAAGGUGGCGGUGGUAACCAGGACAUGAUGGGCGCCGCUGUGGGGGUGGGGGGAUGUGUGGUUGUGACAGCACUGGUUGCGUUGUUUGUCGUGAAUAGAAGAAGAACAAGUAAGUUCUCCUAAACUUCCUGAACCUAUAGAGAGGGUGUGUUGCGCCAUUGAAAAUGGACUCAUAUUUGGGCACAGACUAGCCCAAACACAGGCUAUACACAAUCACUUCCAUACAUGUGUCUACAUGCACACGUCUUCUUGCACAAUUCUACUUCGUGGUCUUUGAGCACUUACGUUCUGUUUUUUACUGUUCCUUUCAUGAUGGUAAUUGUUUUGCAAUUGUAGAGUCACAUAACAAAGCUUGAGAAAUCUAAACUAGUCUGUACAGCACUGAACAUAUCAUUAUAUUUAAUGGUUAGCCUACAUAGAGAGCCGAAGUCACGCCCCUUCCGGUGGACCUCAUGGGACCUUAAUUCGGAAAAAAGAUGAAUGGUAGAGAAUGGGGAGAGGCAAAUUAUUUUUUGAUCCCGUUUGAAUUUAGCAUGGAUUACACAUAUAAUGUUCGUCAAUUUAAAAGAUCAUUUUUCAACUGAAGAAAGUCUCAGUUAGCUGUAGGUUUGUCAUAUGACCACUUAGUUUUGUGUGAAACCGCUCAUUGAACUACAUCUCUCGUCUCACACAAUUUACGUCACCUAGCUUGAUGCUCAACUUGCUCGCUAGCUUUGUGCUAUGUUUAUUUAGGCAGCCAGGUGCCAGAUGAGUCUUGUUACACGGCCAGUACCAACAAUGUAAGUCAAUUCUCUCACAAAUAAAGUAAAAUCUUUUGUGCUUUUGGCCAUUUUCAAAGGUAAUGAUUGUGUGUGUCUGUGUGUUUUUAGGUUAUGAAUGCAGACGAUGUGACAAAUUGUGACAAAUUGUAGUAUAUCUUUUCUUUAUUUGUGAGCUCCAACUGUGCUACUGCCAUGUGUUUUAAUACUGUGAAUUGCUCCAUACCAAAUCCCUGUACUAUAACAGAUAUUUGGCCUUUUGACUCAGCCAUUUUGCAUUUCAACUUUAGAAAAAUGUUAAAUUGAUAUAAUUAGUCUACCUCAAUAUGUUUGACUCUUUUUAAAUAUGGUAAUUCAUUCAGCAAUGUAUUCCCAAAUUGUUUUUAAUCAGAUGAUGUAUUCAUAAAACCCACAUUCAUUGUUAUUUAUGGUGCUUCUUAUUGUUUUCUUUGCAAAACUGUGUCUGACUGCAGGUCUAUAAUAAAUCAAAUGAUGACACA